AUGGCCCUAGAUCGUCACCACGCCAUGGCUGGAUUACCUACACAUCGAAAAACUUGCGACAAUUGUAAGGAACGCAAGGUUAAAUGCGACAAGGAACGACCAGUAUGCGGAACAUGUAAGAGAACUAAACGAGAAUGUACAUAUAAUUUCUCGGCCUCUUCGAAACGUGGAAGGCCAAAAAGCGAAUAUGAAAUUCUACAAGAACAAAUAGACGAGGUGGCUACUAUACAGUUUGACCAACUUAACCAGCUGGAAAAUAUGCUGGGGAAUUUAAUGGGCAACAACAAUCUAUCCCAAACUACGGCGGCAGCACCGGGUCAAGCAGAUUUUAAUAAUAUAAUUCAGAAUGGCGGUGCAAGUAAUCCUUACGUCGAGAAUUUUGUUCCAAAUCCAAUGACUAAUAAUUUUUAUGGAAUGUACCAAACGGAGGGAAUUCCUGGGCCUAGUCUAAAUGAGAAUAUAUCAGAAGAAACAUUACAACUUACCGCUCAAUUAGCUGCAACAUUACCUAAAACCGGUAGACCUUCUUUGGUCACUUCGAACGUCGACAACGCGUCGGUCCAAUAUACCAGUAGCAAUAACAAUACUCAAUUAUCAGAUCCAGUUGAUCAACUUACUGACGGUCUGAAUGGUUUAAAUCUUUUCGAGUCUACAAGAUACAUUGGUGAAGGUUCUCUCUUGAUGUUAAGCGAUGGAGGUGAAGAAACGAUAGUACCUCAAACACCAACAAACUUGUCACAAGUAGAACCGGAGCUUAAGCUUAUACCCAAUCCUGCUGCGGCAAAAUAUUUGAUUGAUUUAUAUUAUCAGCGAGUGUACCGUCAUUAUCCGCAUUUACGGCGGAAGAUUGUUGACGAUUGUUUAGCGAAUCUUUCAAAGCCGCAACAUUUUCUUUUGCUCAAUAGCAUUUUCUUUGCAGCUUCGCCAUUCCAUGAAAAUGAAAAUUUACGUGAUGGAAAAUCAUAUCACAGAAGAGCAAUAGCUCUAUUACAGAAUCACUGCUUACAAACUCCUCAUGUCUUAACGGUCAUAAGUCUAUUUAUACUUGGUCUACAUACGAGAACGAUGGGAUCAGCAUGGAUCUUCCAUGGAAUGGGUUCAAAAAUGACCUUUGAACUAGGGUUACAUCGAAAAAUUAAAAAAUUCCAAAUGAAUGAUGAGACCAAGGAGAUGCGGGACAUGGCAUUUUGGGGAUGCUUUGUUGCUGAAACGUGGGUUUCAGCAUGUUAUGGACGUCCUAGUGCUAUUGAUGAAGCUGCUUGUGAUGUUGAUUUGCUUCCUAUACCAUCAGAUCCAGAACCUGAUGAAGAAACGCGACUUCAUAUCGCAUGGAUUCUUCACAUCAAUUUAUUACGUAUUUUCGCUCAGGUGCGAAAAUAUCUCUAUGGAAGAUCGAAAAUAGAAGGAACCAGGCGCGAAGAAAAUCAGUUUAGAUUUUUGGAUGCGGCUCUUGGUCGUUGGUUUUACACCUUGCCAAACUGGUUGAAAUUCGAAGAGAUGGCAAAUGAUGUGAAGGGAAGUUUGUUGGGAUCUAUUGGAGGAGAAAUGCACACUCUUUUUUGGACAGUUAUAAUUCUUCUUCAUAGCUUUAAUUUAACGAUGUUCACCACAAGCCCAAUGAAUCCUAUGCAAGAAGCGAAUCGAUUAUCUUCACAGACAAUCUGCGUUCAUGCUGCCACUAUCCUUCUUCAUUGGCUGGAUGUGCUUAUGAAUCAAGUUCCUGAUUUCUUUGAGCAAUCAUGCACGGCCCUUUUUGCCAUUGCACCUGCCAUUCGGGUGCUAGCAUGGACAGCGCAACGGGGAGAUAAAAAAGCAGAGAGUAUGGUCGAAAGACUCAAAGAAAUAAAAAAUGAAGUUAAAGAAAUUGCGCGAAGAAGAUUCGCAUCUGGUCGAUUAGACGGGGAAGAGAAGUUACAAGGAUGGUUUGGAAAAUUUAAAGAAGAGGAAGCCAAAAAUAAUAAAUCUUCAGAUGCUUCAAGUUCUUCAUUUAGUCACGAUCAAAUUAAAAAUCCCUCGGCCAGGGGAAGAAAUCCUAAUGCAACCAGGCGGCGAAACAACAAAACAACAGAUUGGCAGGAUGAAACGAACAAUUUUAAAUUUACCUUUGAUCCCACUAGUCUUCAAAACUUUCAUGAGCAAACCCAACAAUCUAUUCCUUUCCAAGUUUACACUGAUCAGCAACAAUUACCUCCACAUCAGACAGACUACAGCAAUCAAACUUAUCCUGAAAUGCAGUUCUCUUCUACCUUGUCUCCACCUCCUAAUAUAUCCUCCGCGUCCACCUCUCCUAAUCCGACUGUUCUUUCUCCACAUAUGGGAGCACCAUUUAAUACGCCAAUAUUUACCGGAAUCCAUGAUUUUAUUGAACCAACACAACAACCGGGCAUUCAUAAUUCAAUGAAUCUCUGGAAUCCUUCACUCAACAAUAGUCAAUAUGGAUUUGACGCAAAAAUCUUGAUGGAAAAUGGCAGCAAUGUUGUUGGCCAUAGUAACGAAGAAUAUGUACCCACGUUUUGA